AUGUCGGACAAAGCAUCGCAUCUUGUACUAAGCUACAGAGGAAACUUCACAGCGCCAAAGCUGUCAGAGUCGAACAUGGGCUUUGGUGUGCUGGGAAUCUUUCUGGGACUGCUCCUCGAAGUGUCCACCCAUGGACCACACACUGUUCCCCGAUCGUCCUGGAAGCACCAAGACAUAGAUGUUACAGACUUCUCUGAGCCUGGUAUCUUCAACUAUACCACACUGUUGUUGAGUGAAGACCGAGAUGCUCUGUAUGUGGGAGCCAGGGAGGCAAUCUUUGAACUUAACAAAAACAACAUAACCAAAAGACGCAAUAAGGUUGAGUGGACCGUUGACGAAGAACCUACGGAGAAAUGUGUCAUGAAAGGAAAAUCUAAAAAGAGAGACUGUCGAAAUUACAUACGGGUGCUUCAGGUUGUUGAUGAGGAUCGGCUUUAUGUCUGUGGUACAUAUGCAUUCGCACCCCUGUGUGAUUACUUGAGUUUAGCUGACUUUUCUCUAACCAAUCGCCCAGAAGAUGGCAGAGGAAAAUGCUCUUUUGAUCCUUAUCAAAGCUUUACCACGGUCAUGGUUGAUGGUGACCUUUACACUGGUACAGUUUACAAUUUCUUGGGUAGUGAGCCGAUCAUUUCCAGAUACUCCCCUCCCCAGUCUCUCCUGAGGACAGAGUACUCCACAUCUUGGCUUAAUGAGCCUAGUUUUGUGUUUGCUGAUGUGAUCAGGGAGGGGAUAAAUAAGGCUGAUGGUGAGGAUGACAAAAUCUACUAUUUCUUUACUGAGGUAUCAGUGGAGUAUGAAUUCUUUGGCCAGCUGCUCAUCCCUCGAAUUGCACGUGUUUGUAAGGGUGAUUUGGGAGGACAGCGCACUCUCCAGAAAAAGUGGACAUCUUUUCUGAAAGCCAAAUUGGUGUGCUCCAUGCCCGAGCUUAACUUUGUCUUCAAUGUGGUUCAUGAUGUCUUUAUUUUGAAGGGGGCAGACUGGAGGGACACAGUCAUCUAUGGGGUUUUCACCUCACAAUGGGGCAAUGUUGGUUUGUCAGCCGUUUGUGCCUACGCUCUGACUGAUGUAGAACAUAUUUUCUCUGAAGGCAAAUACAUGCAGAAAGCAACAGUGGAACAAUCACACACAAGAUGGGUUCGUUACAAUGGUGUGCCACCUACGCCUCGGCCUGGUGCAUGUAUUAACAAUAAAAUGCGUCAAGAACGCAUCAGCAGCUCUCUGCAUCUGCCUGACAAAACUUUACAGUUUGUGAAAGACCACCCUCUGCUGGAAGACCCUGUUCUGCCAAUUGGCAGUGGACCUCGACUCAUCACAAAGGAUGUGAACUACACUCAAAUUGUUGUGGACCGCGUUCUUGCACUUGAUGGAAAUAUUUAUGAUGUCAUCUUUACUGGAACAGAUUUUAGAUUUAUGAUUUUGUCUUUUUAGACAAAGGGAAUCCUGCACAAGUCUGUUGUGUAUGAAGGGAAUGUUCAUACAAUAGAAGAAAUCCAGCUACUGAAAAACGCUGAGCCCAUUAAAAACCUAUUGCUGUCCACAAAGACACAGACUAUAUAUGCAGGCUCAGACUCUAGUGUUGUCCAGUGCCCCACAUACUUAUGUGGUAAAUAUUUAUCUUGCAUUGACUGCAUUUUGGCACGAGAUCCCUACUGCGCUUGGGAUCCACACACAGAAAGGUGCAUCAAUAGUGUGGGGAAUCACAACAGUUUGUUAAUCCAGAAUCUCAAUGGUGAUGCAGACCAAUGCCCUGCAGUGGCAAGCCCCUCCCUGAAGACGUACCAGACAGUCAGAGUAAAAUUGGGCAGCUCUGCAGAGCUGCCGUGUGAAGGGUCGUCCAGCUUGGCCCAUGUUAUGUGGAAGGCCAAUGGCUCUCAGCUCACAGAUGCAUCUCGCUUUCACCUGAUCGGUGACAGUGGACUUCUUAUUUACAGUGUGGCUCCUGAGGACCAGGGCCACUAUGAGUGCUGGUCAGUGGAAUGGGCUCCUGCUGUAGGGAAGAACUUUAGCCUCCAGCUGGCUGGAUACAUCCUCACUCUGGACCUCCCUGUAACUGAGCCUCAUCAGGCAGGUCACAUGACCACUACCCUCAGCAGCAAGGAUGCAUCUAGUACACAGACUGUGGCAGGUAAUAGUAAGACAGAAAGAGUAUCACUAACUUCAGCGCUUGUUCCCUCCCGUUUUACAACAUUUUUUACAUCUUCACCGCAAACUGACUCAUCACUAACCUCACCACCCAGCCACAAACUUCAACCCAUUCAGCCAUUCUCACCUAGUUCUUAUCCAUCCCGCACUGGGAACCAGGAAACAACAGCAGCAUCUUAUUUGCCACAAGACAACAGCACGGCCCUGCUUCUUCUUUUCCUUUUGUUUUUCUUUCUCUUUUUGGCAGCAAUGGUGUACAACUGUUACAUGCAGUACCUUCCUACCCCUUGUUUGCGCUUGCGAACUGCACUUAUUGGUAACAACAAAAGCGCUAGUCAGCCUGAAUAUCGGGCAUGUGAGGCAGGGCUAAUGGAGAUGUCAACAACGGACAAAAUUAACUCUGCUGAGCAGCCUAAGCAAAAUGGUAGUCAAUCCACCGCCAAUAUGCGGGCACUGCGAGACACAGGAUAUGAAACUGAACCUGAGUGCGGCAAUGGGAAGGUUCACAGUUUUGACGACAGCCCUUCCAUGGAGAAGCCCUUUGACAUAGAUUGUGACUCUCAGCCAAUUGAAUAUGCAGAUGCUGAUGUGGAUCCUUAAUCCUAAUUAUUUUUAAAUUGAACAAAAAGACUAUUGAGUUCAUGCAUAUGCAGUCUCUCUCUGCUAGUCAAAAAGCCAAAAUGAAAGUAAGGUAUUGUCUGUAGUUUUUCUAAAAUUCUGCAAGUGUAGACUCUGCACAUGCUUAGUCCAGCAGGAAAAGCUAUUUCAUUCCAAAUUGGAAACACAAUUUACCAAAUUGGUAAGUUAGCUAGAUGUUUUCCAAAUUGGAGUUUGUUACUUUGUACAGCUUUUGUGAACUAAUGUCAGUGUUAAUGUUUUUUAAAGCAAUGUAUGUUACCAAACAGUUAUUGCUUUGUUGGUUUUUUUUUCUCAGGGAAGAUUUUCUCAACAGCGCAAUGAAGGGUUUAUCGAAUAAGCAGAAAUAUCGACUGUUGCCACCUAAAUAGUUGUAUCCAUUUAAUCUAUUGUACCGCUGUCAUAAGUCUUCUUUUUUUUUUUUUCCUUUUUAUCCAGUGAAAUCAAAAAUAACAAAAUGAAACCUUUUUAACCACUGCUGUAUCAUUUUUGUUGUUGUUUAUUAACCAUCUGUGCCACUGUAUACACACUGUUGUUUUACCUAAAAAUGUAUAACAUGCCCUGGAAACAAUCUGAAUGCCUUUUGUUUUUACAGUUAUUUUAAUGAAGACAGACAUGGUUAUUUAAGAUGUGAUAAUUUAAUUUGUAGGCUAGUUGUUUAGAUUUUAUUUAUUUAAGUUGUUCCUAUGAUGUACAAUUCAAAAUUUCACAUCCCUGAGUCUGCUCAUUCAUUAUGCAUGUGCCACUAGAUUUCCAUUUUCCUCAAUCCUGUCUCUCUGUCCAUCACUCCUCCUUCACAGCCUCUGCUCCUGUUGACACCUCGUCCACUCUCUCCACCUCUGAGCGGAGCACUCUUUCCUCCCUUCCCUCAUCCUUCCCUUUCUCUGCCAAAUCCCACACGUUCCAGGCCAAAGAGGCAGAGGUGAGACUGUUACCCCCUCUGCUGAAGGACCAGGCCUGGGGGGUACAUGCCCAGGAGGCCUUCAUGCUCUUCUGCCUUGCUUUGGGUGAGUGGUGCCUCUGACAGUGACCCCACUUCUCCUCACAAUCAGAUGCUUGAUGUGAAACAGUCAUUUCUGCACCAUUAGUCACAUUUCUCUUUUUUAGUUCUUUGCACUUUGCAUGUACCAGCUCAACACUUGAACUAACAACUUGCUUGUUCCCUUUUUUGGUCUUGUCAUAGUUGUCAAACAUUUGGUUGAAAUAUGAUGUAAACUUCUAUUCGAGCACAAAUGAGACCCUUCUAGAUCUUCAUGUUGACUGGACUUCCCCUUCUUGGUUUGUUUAUGACGAACAAAAUGACUACCCACAUUUGAUUCUAUGUCAAAAUGUAAACUUGUGUGUGUAUAUAUAGAAAAUACUUUUGAACAUGUACAGAGAUUUAGGGUUUAUAUCUGGUGUCUCUUAAAUGGGGAGACUGAAUAAAUUCUGUGAAAUGUUUUUAAA